AUGGUGAAGGCGAGCGAGCUCUCUACGCGUUCAAGCGCCCUCGUAGCACCUCUAUCAAUCAACAAGGACAGACCCCGAGGGUCCGGUGACAAGCCGAUACAUAAGAGAAACAUGUCCUCGAGGAGUAGCAUCCAGAGCGGCUCAACCAGCAGCCAGUCGCAGAUGACCCCUCCAGCAACCCCAAAUGGCUCCCAGGAGGAUCUUAAUCAACAAAUGGAGCUUCCACAGCCCGUAUUUCACAAUUUCUUGCGAGCAUUCUACCCUUUUCACCCGGCGUUGCCAAUUUCGGAUACCACCGUUACCUUGCCGCUAAAUGAAGGAGACGUUAUACUAGUCCAUUCUAUACACACGAAUGGCUGGGCGGAUGGAACACUUCUCAUAUCUGGCGCCCGAGGUUGGCUGCCAACAAACUAUUGCGAGUCCUACGAGCCCGGUCCGAUGAGGAACUUGCUCAAGGCACUGCUGAACUUUUGGGAUCUACUGAAGAGUGGAUUGACGAGCGACAGCGAAGUGUUUGGAAACCAAGAAUUCAUGCGCGGAAUCAUCGCGGGUGUCAGAUACCUACUUGAGAAAUCGAGCUGUCUUACUCGAGAAUCACCGAUUAUGCAGAGCAAUGAAGGGCUGCGGAGGAAUCGGAAAGCGCUGCUGUCAGAUCUCUCGGCCCUCGUAAAAACAGCGAAGCGACUGCAGGAAUAUAACGCCGGCCCAGUUGAAACUCAAGCUGAUGCAGAUAAUGUUAACAAUACGAUCGACGAGAUGAUCUUGAAGGCGUUCAAGAUUGUAGUUAGGGGUGUCAGAUUUCUUGACGUUUUGGAGGAUGAUAUCCGAUCCCGCCAGCCAGUUCAUCAGGUGAUGGCGACUGUCGCGGAAGAGGCUCACAACCCGCCAACGCCGCCAGCGGACUCGACCUCAUUCGUUGGAAUGCGGAAUGUCGAUACCACAGACGAUAGAGCAUCCGUCCGGAGCUCGAAUCGCAGUUCGGAAAGCGGCCUGUCUGGCUGGCAGCAAUCCGACGAGCAAACGAAGCGACAAUCACUCAAACGCAUGUCGACAGCUUACUCGUCCAGCGCACCGUCCUCGUCGCGGCCAUUGUCCGUGACGAGACCAUCGUCGGUGCAUAUGAAGAGACAGUCUAUUUCCCACCGUUUGUCCCUCACAACAUCAAUCCCAGCAGCACAGCGACUGAAUCUUAUAUCGGAGAGACUAAAUACCAGCCACGAUACAUUUCUUUCGUACCUUGGCUCGUUUAUUGGCCGUCUACAUCUCCAGUCGCAAUCUGCUGCGGAGCUUCUCUUGUCUGUUCGACAAUCUGUCACCGCAGGACGGGCGCUUCUGGUGGUAGUAGAGGUGAUAUGCUCACACGACCCUCAAAGCGCCGAAGCAUUGGAGGUGGCCCGCAACGCCAUGUACAAUCGGAUCAACAACCUGGUCGUUUCUGCACGGGAUAUCAUCAUAUCGUCUGGCAUAGAGGACGAUGAUGUGGUAAUGCCGCAACAAAACGGGGGCCUGCUUAUGGCUGCCACUGGGUGUGUGAAGGCGGCAGGAGAAUGUGUGGCCAAGACGAAAUUCGUUAUCGAGCGAAUCGGGGACUUUGAAUUCGAACCUUAUAGUGAAGGGCUUGGGAUCGAUGUAGCAUCGAUUGGCGCAGUGGUAGAGGUGCCCGUUGAAGAGGAGCCCCAGCCGCCAACGACAGAAAUCGAACCUCCCCCUCCAGAACCCGCGAGUCGACCUCCGCCCCCUCCUCUGACUAUUCCAUGUUAUGAAAAACCAUUACCGGAAGUACCCUUAUGCUCACCCACUCUGAAUACUGAAGGUACUGGUACCGAGAUAUCACCAGGGCCGGUAGAUCAAGGAGAACCUGAACCCCCCGAAAGCGCGACUACAGACUUCUCGAACCGGUCAUCCAGGAAGUCCCUUUUGCCACCACUUCCCAAGAUGAUUAGCCCAUUGUUGAGCAAUGAUGAUUACAGUCCCUCGGAGAUCUCAUCGGCACAGGACAGUGACUUCCAAUCUUCCUUCCGAUCAGCGACUAUAUCAAGUUCAGGUGCUAGUAGUACUUACCUGAGUGGCAUGCGUGACUCGGAAUCAAGCCUGCUUUCACGAACAUCUACACGCGCCACUACACCAGAGCACUCCGUGUACGUUCCACGAGCGCAGCCUUCAAUUUCCGACCUCAGCGUAACUGGCAGCCAGUCAACUUUUGCAGAUGAGGUCGACGAGGGAGAGUCGAAGAUGCUUGAAAAGACUUUCGCACAUGAGCUCCUUCACAACAAAGAAGGCCAGAUUACUGGCGGCACAUUAUCGGCUCUCGUUGAGAGACUCACGACGCAUGAUUCGACCCCCGACGCGAUGUUUGUCUCCACGUUCUACCUUACCUUCAGGUUGUUUGUCACACCGGUCGGGUUGGCCAACGCUUUAGUAGAACGAUUCGACUACGUUGGAGAAAGUCCUCAUGUUGCCGGUCCCGUGCGACUUAGGGUUUACAAUGUCUUCAAAGGCUGGCUCGAGUCCCAUUGGCGUCCUUUUACCGACAAUGACGCGUUGUUGGUUAUUGAGCCCUUUGCGAAGGAUAAGCUUGGUGCGGUACUUCCCGCUGCCGGAAAGCGGCUUUUGGAAUUGGCUCAGAAAGUGGCAGCCACCGAUGGGCCUCUCGUACCUCGCCUAGUAUCGUCAAUGGGAAAGACCUCCACAUCUAUUGGACAAUACAUCCCCGCCGAUACACCCCUCCCUUCGUCGAACAUGAGCAAGAGCCAGACAAGUGUUCUGAAGAAUUGGAAAAUGGGCGGUAGCAAUCCCACCAUUCUAGACUUCGACCCUCUCGAACUAGCACGGCAAUUGACUAUUAAGGAGAUGAACAUCUUCUGCUCAAUCAUGCCCGAAGAGCUCUUGGGAUCUGAGUGGACUAAGCGAUCGGGUUCUAACGCCGUUAACGUUCGGGCAAUGUCCACCCUAUCUACAGAUCUGUCGAAUUUGGUGGCUGACACUGUCCUCCAAUACGAGGAUGCGAAGAAGAGAGCAAUCAUCAUCAAGCAUUGGAUUAAGAUUGCACACAAGUGCCUUGAACUUAACAACUACGACACCCUCAUGGCCAUAAUCUGCUCCUUGAACUCUUCAACUAUCGUCCGUCUCAAGAGAACCUGGGAUAUGGUAUCUCAGAAGCGCAAGGACAUGUUGAAAGGUCUCCAAGCUAUUGUGGAACCUGAUAAGAACUACGCCGUCCUCAGACGAAGGCUCCACGACCACGUUCCGCCUUGCCUUCCAUUUGUUGGGACUUACCUGACAGAUCUGACUUUCGUGGACGCUGGCAACCCAGCCACGAAACAACUUCCUGGUGUGGGCGAUGGCGAGUCCAUGCCUGUCAUAAAUUUUGACAAACAUACUCGAACUGCAAAGAUCAUCGGCGAGUUGCAGCGAUUCCAAAUCCCAUACCGCCUGACCGAGGUUCCAGAAUUGCAGGAGUGGAUGCAAGCGCAAAUUGUCCGCGUAAAGUCAUCUCCCGAACAUGAGAAUGUACAGCAAUACUACCGCAAGAGUCUCCUCCUCGAACCUCGCGAGAACAUGCACCCUAGAGCCAGCCCCAUCGAAGGGCAAAACCCCUUCUCCACCACCUCGAAAGACAAGUUCGACCUCUUCUCUUGGACCUACUCCAGGGACAAGGCUCACUCGACGCCCACAUCUACUAUUUGA